AGGGAAAUUUGAGAAGUCCGAGAGGGAUACUCCUGUCUACGGUCCGUUGUUGGGACGACAUAGAUACAAAAUGGCUGACGCACCUCUUUUCAAGCGCUUCGUCGAACCGGGACGUAUGGUCCUCAUCCGCUAUGGACCUCUGGAGGGAAAGGUCGCCACCAUCGUGGACAUGGUAAGAUUUCUAUUCGUGUACAUAUUGGCUUCUUGGAUACCAAUAGCAAACGUCCUGCUGGAUUUAGAUUUUGGCGUGUGUCAUCUUUAGUGAAUAUUUUUUGUAGACUCAGUUCGGCGCUGUGCAUCACUCGCUGUGAAGUAUUUAGAUGUGCCACAUUUCUAAACUGCACAAAAACUCCAGCUUACCAGACCAGUCUAAAAACUAAGGGAAGUCUUUUUUAGGAGGCACGAACCAUCACCCAUCUCCUAAAAAAAUUUUCAGGUCUCCAUCAACAAAGUUCUGAUUGAUGGCCCGACCACCGGUGUGAAGAGACAAAUGAUCCCGCUCAAGUGGGUCAGCCUCACCGGCGUGACCACCCGCCUCGGCCGUGGUGCCCGCGAAAAGGCUCUGAAGAAGUCUUUGGCCGCCAGCGGUGCCGUCGCUCAGUGGGAGAAGUCCGGAUGGGCCAAGAAGAUCGCCGCCAGCAAGGCCAAGGUACACUUUCUACUCGUGUGUAUUUUCAAAGGUGCUAGAAAACAUGUUAAAAAACUGUUGAGUUUCUGAGAUGCUCCUACUUCCAAAAGUUUUCCCGAAUCUGAUACAUGUUUAGUUUGAAGUUUUUAAAGACUCAUUUCUCUAAAAAUCUUUCCGUCACUAUCCAUCACAGGCCGCACUUACCGACUUCGAGCGAUUCAAGCUCAUGCAGGCCAAGAAGAAGGUCAACAAGGAAGUCAAGAAGGCUUUGAAGCCAAAGAAGAAGUAAGUGCGUUUUCGAUCGAUAGGGAAGCGCGACUCAGUAUUCGAUCAGGCUUGAGGACUACCAGUUUUUUCGGCAUCUGCAAAUUAUGGGAUCUCCCGACGAAAGCGAUUCGCUUUGUUCUGUUGGCGGAUUGAGGAGAUUUCUACGCUUGUAGUAUGUUCUUGACUCAAAGCUUGAGCAGGAAGACUGGUUGCUAGGAUAUGUCAAUUAUCCCAACUACAGGAAACGGACUUAAAG